UAGGGCGAUUGAUUGCUACCAUUAUGGAAAAGAACUGCAGCUGAUAAGUCCCACAGAGAGCGAUCGGAACUAUAUACCUCGGACGGUUUGUUUCGAUGCAACAUUGACGGAGAUAUAUGUACCAUUAUCUCCUAUACCGGAGCACAAGCAGCUAAAGCGAUACUCAGAGAAAAUGUCCUUUGCAACGUCGACAUGGGAAGGCAUAUGUGCCCGUUACCCCCCUGGAUGGAUCGAAGGAGUUGGGUCAGCGGCAGUCCAGUUCUUUGGCUUCAUCUUGCCCGGCUUGGGAUUCCUGGCGUUUGAUAUACUAAAGCCAGCUUCUUUUGCCAGUCGAAAGAUUCAGCAACCAUGCAAACAACCUUCCAAACAACAGAUGCUCUCAUGUCUAGGCCUCGUGUUUGGAAACCAGUUAUUCCUGAUCGCGUCUCAUUUCUUCCUGCUGCGGAUAUCAAAUUACGAACUCACACCCUUUCGGAUGGAUUCUCAACUUCCAAGCAUCCUUGAAGUGGUGAUCAACUGCGCCGUGGGUGCGAUCCUGAGGGAUGUGGUGUUUUAUUAUGUGCACCGUUUGAUGCACACAAAGAUAUUGUAUCGAAGGAUACAUCGAAUCCACCACGAAUUUCGAGCUCCGAUUGCGCUAGCCGCCAUAUAUUCCCAUACAAUAGACCAUGUAUUGGUGAAUGCGAUGCCAAUAUACAUCUCAAUGGCUGUUCAAAGGGUACAUUUCCUGACUCUGAUGCUGUUUGCGUCUGUAGCAGUGUUUGAUGCUGCCGUGUCGCAUAGCGGGUAUUCCUUGUUCCGUCUGCCAAGCGUAGAAAACCACGAUAUUCAUCAUGAAAAAGGGAAUAUCAACUUUGGUAUUUUGGGUGUGAUGGACUGGCUUCAUGGUACUCACGCGUAG